ACCUCAUCCUCUCCUCCAACAGACAACCACCGCGCCAUUUCUUACCCUGACCGUAUAUCCAUACCUACCUAACCAGUUCAAAAUGCUUGCAUCCCCUAUCUGGUCCUCAUACUCCUACAUGCCUGCGAAACCCUCCCCGCUCUCCCCACGAUCCUCCAAUGUCCCUCCGCACUCUCCGUUCAGCAUGAGUGCGUCCGCCAAGCCCGCGCCGCAGCCGUACUCGAAGCGCGCAAUCAAGCCGGUGCCGGUGCUGAAGAGCGCAGAGGCGCUGAACAAGAAGCGGCGGGAGAUUUUCUUCCGGGAUGUGGCGAGGAAACGGGACGAUAAGCGGUGGGCUGAGCGAUGCGAAUAUAUCAUGCGCUCGGAUUUCGUGCACGAGAAGCGGAGAUCGGAUUCGACCAAGUCGCGCGCCGCGGAAUAUUUAGAAGACGGGAUUGACGACGAUGACGUCGAGUUUGCGUUGCAUAGCAGCCCAGUCCAACACGAGACGCUCUACGGUCAGCCACAGGCGUCGCAUUCACAGGAAGAACUGGAUUUCAUCGAGCAGAUGGAGGAUGCGGAGAUGCAGUCGUUGAUCGGCAUGAUGGAGGACGACGCGCCGAAGAACGAUAUCUCUCAAGCCCAACGACACCAAUUCGCAGAUAUCGACAUCGAUCUUGACGAUGAUGAUUGGCGGGACAUGGCAGGUGACGGGUUCUCUUCCGACCCACGUGCGCAAGGCGAGCACCACGACGCGAUGGACACUAGUUGAAGGAAGACAGGAAUCAGGAUAUUCUCGGCGUUCACAGUCUUUUGGCGUUUUCGGUGUUGGGUAUCUGGAUCAUGGAUAUGGUCUAUGGAGAGGAAGGGCUGGCACAUGCAGGCGUAAAGGGGAAUAUCAUGUAGAUCAUUGCGUUGGACAUCCGGAGUCCAUGUCGCCGAGCACCUCUUGCGCGGCGCUCAUGUUGACCAGGUCGCCAGGAGGAGACCCGGCGUUUUGCAUCUAGGCUAGGGGUCAGUAGCUAUCACAUACCAAGGGGAUCCCGAACU